AUGGAUUAUGAAGAAAUCUUCUUUAAAGACUGGUACGGAUUAGUAGAAGAUAUACAGCACACUAUCACAAAUGUCACACAAGCCCCAAACAGAACACAUCCAAGUAAACCACCACCCGACGAGUUGGUUGAAGCAAUUACUAAAGUUUCAGUUGUUUUGUUCGCCAUUUUCUGCCCGAUAACCAUCGUCUCCAACAUCCUCAUCUUCUGGGGGAUCGUCCUCUACCCUGGCUUCUACAACAGCAACAACAUUUUCCUGCUCAGCUUGGCCGUGUUUGACUUCCUGGUCGGGCUGAUAGCCACGCCUUUGAUACUUCUAUCAAGGCUACCCGAUGUCAAUGAAUACAUGACAUCCCGGAAGCAACUGUGUUUACUGAAAAUGGCCUCGUCGAGUUUUUCCAUUGGCGGGUCUCUCUACUCUCUGCUGAUCAUCUCCGUAGAUCGAUACCUCGCCAUCAUGUUUCCGUUGAAAUACAAAAAAUGGGUGACUGCUGAAAGAGCGUAUAAAGUUGUCUUCUUCAUAUGGUUUUAUAUUUUCUUUAGAGCAUCGAUACCGGCAAUGGGACUGAACAAAUAUGAUCCUAAAUUACCAGCUGACAAACGUUGCACUCUGA